AGCAUUGUUGCAGCGACCGAGGCGGAAGCUGUCACCUUGGCAGGGCUUUCCGUUUCCCUCACGUCAUCCCUUCUGAACUUCUUCACUUUUGACAACCCCAACGUACGCCACUGUAGGAUACUGUCUGACAGUAUUCGUCAUAGCUGUCGGGAGAUUUGAGGUUAGCAUUGUGAGCCAUCACAGGAAGCCUGUUACACAUCAGUCGGUUCUCGAGUACUCAACAUCAGCUAUGGGCGUCUGGCAGUGGUACAGAAAUCUCGCGCCGAGGACUAGGAUAUACAUGGGCGUCGGCAUCAUGGCAUACGCAGGCUUUGGCCUCCUCAUAUCCGACGAGAUCGAGCAACGCUUCGGCUUGACCCCCAAUGAGCAGGAUUAUGAGGAAGUCCGGCAAUUGAUACCCAGGAUUAGCACUGUAGAGAAGAAUCAGCGGUGAAGUGGCGCCAACCUGCGCUACCAACAGCCGCACGCCUUCCCAAGGAGCUACAUUUGGAAGAUUCGAGCACCUGAUCCUACCCAUCUUUCAACUAUGGAAUAAUACCACAAACAGCAAAUGGCAUAAGCUUUCGUGAUGGAAGAGUUGGAUCAGGCCCACCAAUAAUCCAUCCUCGCGCACGUGGAUGACCUCACAUCAGCCGGAUCAAUCUGCGAACGAUUGGGUUUGCACGAUGUCAGCCAAUCCACCGCAUCAGAAAACCUUACUAAGAUAGCUUCCUUCCUUGUAGCUUAUGCCAAGAACGAAAUGGAAGCUUGCAUUUCUGCUUUAGGCAAAACAUAUGUAGUCAGUGUGCGCUCUGGUCAGGGAGAUUCCUCGAAGACCGCCUCGUGAGGCUUCUGGUCGCUGAGAUUCAGGGUGGUCAUCCAUUAGGGCUGCUCCACAUCACCGAGAGUAAAUGACGAAGUCUGAUCAAAACUUGACAAUCUGG